AUGUCAAGCACGACUAAGAAAUUAUCCAUUGAGGAGCGUCUCUCAUUGGCUGCUAAAGCGAAAUCCAAGCGCAAGAUCAAGAAGGUCGGUUCAUCGACGUCGCCUCCGCCACUAGAUGAGUCAAGCACUACUAUAGAAGGCGGGUUAGCGCCUGAUGAGAAACAAACUGACGAUAAAGUCAAUGAUGCUGAGGAUGCUACAAAAGAGCCGUCGCCCCUUUCAAGAAUCUUACCGUCGGACUACCAAGAACUUUCGAAAGAGGCAUUGUUGGGAGUACUUGGGCCGAUUUUUACGCAGCAUACCGAACAAAUCAGCCAACUAUCCUCCCAAGUUGAGUAUUUGCGGGAUAGGAACAGUAAAGAGGCUCAGAUACAGGCAAAUGAUGCUAGUCUUCUGAGAUUGCUUAAAGAGAAGGAUGAUAAGAUCAAGCUCCUCUUACAGGAAGGCGAAAAGUUAUCUAAGUUGGAGCUUCAGCACUCCAAUAUAAUCAAGUCUCUGCGAUCUAGCGUGAAGGACCUUGAGUUUGUUCUUGAGUCGCACAAGGGAGAACUUAAAGAUAGGGCUAAUGAGUGCGAAAAAGUGUAUAAGGAAAUUGAGGACCUUCGCACCAAAAAUGAGCAGAGCAAGUCAUCAUUGGAGAAAGCUGAGAAGGAGAAAAAUGAAGCGCUUAAGAAGUAUGAAGAUAUAUUAUCAGGCGAAUUGCAGUCCUUGACGGAAAAAUUGCAUCAAGUUGAGGAGGAGAGGGACACGCUGAAAACCCAGCUACAAAGAACAAAAGAUGCUAAUGAAACAAAUCAAUUGAAGACAAGCAUGCAAUAUGAUGCUCUUAAAGUUACAUCUCAAGAAGAAAUUACCAGACUUGAAACGAGCUUAGAACAACUCAGAAUUGAGCUUGACAAGCAUAGCUCAAGAGAUUCUAAUGGUGAUUCUGCGUCAUCAGAAGAGCACAAACAUUCAGACACAGUUUCUUUGGUGCAAUACAAGUUAUUAGAGGAACAACUAAAGAACAGUAAAGAAAACUGGAGCGCCAUUGAGUAUAGUCUCAAUAAUCGUCUAGCAGAGUUACAAGCAAGUUUGAAAGAUCUCGAAGGUUCAAGGACUGUUGUGGAAAAGAAUAAUGAGGAGGUUUUAAGGGAAAAUCAAUCACUUCAAACAAAGAUAGAAAUUCUUGAAGAUGAAAAAUCGGCUGCGAACAAGGAAGUGGAAAAUUUACACCAAGAAAUUAGCACCAUAAAAAGUUCCCUUAAAGAAUGCCAGAGAGAGUUUGAUCUCUUGAACGAAAAAUAUGAAGUACAAAAAUCUCAACUUGAAAACACGAUAUUCACCGAACAUGCACCUCACCGGAUACGCAGUGACACCACCCUUUCCGAUACUGUCAAGCCUGAUGUCUCACAAAGCUUUGAAGACAUAGAUGACAUAUCUAAAUGGGAUCUACAAAAUAAUAACAGCAUUGGCAAUUCAGUCCUUGAUAUACACGACGAAGAACUCGAUGAUGCUUCCUACGAUUUGCAUAAGGAGUCAAAUGAGUCUGUUGACCUAGACAGUUUUCCUCGUAAAGAUAGUUUGACUUCGCUCAAUUUUGUAUCCUCCCAACAAAUAACGACGACAAAAAGUCACCAAAACAAUCACAUGAAUGCACAAAUGAUAAGUAAAUUGGGUGGUGAAGUGAGACGACUUGAAACCGAACUAUCCGCGCUCCAAGAAUCCUACGAAAGGCUGCAGAAGGAGAAAUUAAAGGCUAACGACAAUAUGAUCAAAUUGAUGGAAGAAAACGAUCUUUCACACAAAUUAGAGCGUGAGCGCGAUGAGCUAGCUUCGCAGGUAGAGGGACUAGAACAAAAGCUCAAUGCGUCAUUACAAUUACUGGGAGAAAAGUCUGAACGCGUCGAAGAACUCCAAAACGAUGUCGAUGAUCUCAAGGAAAUGCUACAAAUGCAAUUUCAGCAAAUUGUCGAGCUUCAAGAAAAAACACGAUGA